AUGGUGACCGCAACUCGUCAAGGGCUAAUUCGACCUAGUAAAAAACGAUCAACGAAGCACAGUGACGGAUCUGCAUCAGCCCCGGUGGAAAUUGACGAUCCAGUCGAAGAAACGACGAUUCCAAAUCCUCCGCCGCAAAAUUCAAACAUGCAAGAAGGAGCCGCCGUCGUAGAUGACAACUCCAACAAGCAGCUCGUCCCUUAUGAAGCGGAAUCCGACUCUUUCACCACGGCUGAGGACGAAGAAGCAGGAGGCGAAGAGGCGACGGCGGAGAAAUCCGAGAAUCGCCAAGACGAGAAACCGUCGGAUCCACACACCGCCGGAACCCUAGAUCCGCCACCGACUGAAGGAGCGACUGAAGCAGCGGUCACUACACCUCCGGUGGUGACCGUCGGUGAUGAGCUAAACGCCACCGCAACAGAGAUUCCGGAGCCCGACACCUCAAUUCCUCCGUCAGAUCUGAGAUCCGCCGCUUCUCCAUCUCAAGUCGACAAUCGAGAAGACACUGAGGCCCUCGAUGAACUCAAUCUGGGUGAACCUUCCAGAUCUGAGCAGAAGGAGCCGUCCCCUGAUCCACCGAAUGUAACAGUGCCAACGAGUCCUUCACCAGUUCUCGAUCAAACGCGAUACGCCGUCUCCAAUGAAGAACUGAGCGAAGAAGAUAUCUCUCUUAUUCCAUUGGAAGAGGAAAGUUAA